AUGGGCGCGUGCGCAUCUUCUCCCUCCGCCAAAACCACGAACACAACCGCAUGGAUGAAUAAUGGCGGUGGCGGUGCACAUGCAUCGGAAUCAUUCCGAAGACCUUCGUCAAUCAUGGUGAUGAACCUGGCGGGUCGAAUCAAGGAGUUCAAGCAACCCAUCCCGGCGAAGACCGUUCUCAACGAUAACCCUCAUUGCUACCUCUGCAACUCCGAGUCGGUGCACAUCGGCACGUGCAUGCCACGCGUCCCCGACGAGGAGGAGCUUCUUCCUGGCCGAAUCUACUUCCUCGUCCCUCUCUCGCAUUCUCAUUCCCCCUUGUCCCUCACUCUCCUCUGCGAUCUCGCCGUUAAAGCCGGUUCCGCACUGUCCAACCCCAAAAAUAACCACACCGGCACAAACAGAGCUUCCGUUACGCGGCGCCUUUAG